CCGCACCACAACCACCAGCUCAACGGCGUCAUCAGCCCCGAGCUGCGGCACCUGCGGGCCUCCCUCAAGAGCAAGAUCCUCAGCUCGGAGGCCGGGGCAGCUUCCGAGGGGCAGGAGAACAAGCGAGCCAGCAAAACAAUGGGCUCUGGACAGCAGCAGCAGCAACAGCAGCCGUCGCCCCCGGCCGCAGCACCGUGCUCGACCCCCCUUACUAACCACCUUGCUCCCCAGGGAAGGACUGCACCCUCUCCUCCUCCUCCUCCUUCUCCCCCAGCAGCAGCAACAGGGGACAGGAGCCAGCCUGCUGCCACAACUAUGACUGCUGCUAAGAGUGCAGCCCGCAAUGGACUCGCAGGAGGGACUGGCUUGGAGGAGGAAGAGCAGGAGGAGGGGGAUGAAGGAGGGGAGGAGGAGGAGGAGGAGUCCCUGCUGCUACUCUCCAGGUCCUUAGCAGCAGCCUGCAGUUUGAAAGGCUCGGGAACGGACUCUCAGCCCGAGGAGGACCUAACGAUACGAUACGUCCGAUAUGAGUCAGAGUUGCAGAUGCCCGAUAUCAUGAGACUGAUCACCAAAGAUCUGUCUGAACCCUACUCCAUUUAUACAUAUAGGUAUUUUAUCCACAACUGGCCACAACUUUGCUUUUUGGCCAUGGUAGGUGAGGAGUGUGUAGGUGCCAUCGUCUGCAAGCUGGAUAUGCACAAAAAGAUGUUCCGCAGAGGUUAUAUAGCCAUGUUAGCAGUGGAUUCCAAAUACAGAAGAAAAGGAAUUGGUACAAACUUGGUUAAGAAAGCUAUUUAUGCUAUGGUUGAAGGAGAUUGUGAUGAGGUUGUUUUGGAAACAGAAAUCACAAAUAAGUCUGCUUUGAAACUUUAUGAAAACCUUGGUUUUGUGCGAGACAAGAGGCUGUUCAGAUACUAUUUAAAUGGAGUUGAUGCACUGCGUCUUAAACUAUGGCUGCGUUAGAAGAAACCAUCACAUCAAGCAACUGACUUCCCAACAACGCAGAGUUGUCCUUUGCAUGCAAUGCAAUUUGUACAAAAUUGCUUUGCAGGUGGACUUAGUAAUUUCCAUGCAGCUCUUAUCUGUCAGUGUCUCAUUGAGUGUCGCACAUAUUUGUUGCACUUUGGCAUGGCGCAUUUGUUCAGAAUUAAAACAGAUUGUUUCAAACUUCGAGUUCUUUUGGUACCAGCAAGAUGUGCCAGUUGAUAGCCAAGAAAUGUUCAUUCAUUUGCAAGUCUACUGACUGUAUUACAUACACAGUGAACAUUUUAUCAAAGAACCUGUAUGUGGAACACAACUUUUGGUUCCAGAAAAAAGCCAAUGUAGAUUGUAAAAUUCUAUAAGUAUACUAACAUUUCAUACAAAAAUUGCCAUAGUUUUCUGGGAAAAGGCUUCAAUUUUAGGUUUUAUUUUUCAAUAUUGAAUUUUCCAUUCUUAAAUAUUGGUACCUCAGUGAUUAGUGAAUGAAAAAAUGUAUUGUAGGGUGGGGUGUGUGUUACAAUGAGUAACAGUAACAAUUAAAUUGCGUCUGCCAGUGCCUGUAUAGAUAAGUAUAUUUGUCUUCACCUCUAAGUUUGGAGUGCAUGCUUUUAUUCUUUUACUUUCUUUAAUUGUCCUUACAAGCAAAUUUCUGCUUUUAUUUAAAUUCUGGAUUUGAUAAUAAAUUAUUUCAGAUUUUUAUAAUUUGGAUACUUCUCCCAGAUAAGGGUUUGGAAGGCCCUUCUUUUCUUACAGCAAGAAGUGUAAGCUAUUUUGAAAACCUUGAGUAGCUGCUAAAAGAGAACCUGAUGUCACCAGUAAAUCUCUGCUGGUUUUGGAUGCACUUUUUUUCUUCAAAAGAGUGAGGGACUUUUAAAAGAAGAUAUAGAAAAUUAAUGUAAAUUGGUAUGAUUUUAUUUAAUCAAAAUUAUUGCUAGAAGCUCUGAAAAACAGCUAUUUUUAAAUAGUUGGAACAAUUUUUUUUUCAGAUUGCUUUUGCUUCAGUGUUCUAAAAUGCUUCAAUCUUUGGUUUUUUUGGUCUUGGAAAUAAAUUUCAAGGUGUAUUGUAUCCAUUUUUAGCUGCUCUCAUUUUCUCUAAACUUACAUGAGCUAAAUUAUUGGGGGAUUUUUUCCCCUCCAAAAUCAAAGCAGCAGGGAAGGGACUUCUCUCAUUCUCUCUCUCCCUCUCUAUCUGUCUCUGUCUCUUGCUCUGUCUUUUUCUUUUUUUUCUCCUUCUUUUUGAUUGGGCUUACAUAGGUUUAACUGAUACCCAUCAAAUUGUUCAGUUAUUACAUUGUCAAGGCUUUCUUGUUCAGUGUGAUUAUAUAGCCCAGUGCUAUGAAUCUGUUGGUUUUUUUCCACUUUGAAAAAAGGUAUUAGUUGACUUGUGGAAGAACCUAUGUAAUCUAUGGAAAAGGAUGAACUCAGUGAAUCCGCUCUUCUGUAGUUGAGCGUGCUUUUCAGAUUUGCCUUACUACUUUUUGGGGGGGAGGGGUGGUGUGUGGUGUGUUUUUUUUUUUUUUUUU